CUUUACGCCUCAAGUCAUACAGUUCCAUCCGCCAUUUUGAUUAAUAAUGAACAUGCGCUUUUGAAACUAGCCGCUGACCAAGGCACGAGGAAAAAAAUCCAAAAUGGAGUUUAUGGUUGGCAUUCAAGGUGACGGCUUCGUUUUAGUCGCUAGUGAUAGCUCUAGUGGACGUAGCAUUGUUAGAAUGAAAGAAGAUUAUGACAAAAUGACUCAGUUAAGUAGUAAAUUACUGAUGCUAGUGUCUGGAGAAUCAGGAGACACCACACAGUUUGCCGAGUACAUUGAAAAGAAUGUACAACUUUACAAAAUGAGAAAUGGUUAUGAGUUGACUCCACAUGCAGCAUCAAACUUUACAAGAAGAACAUUAGCAGAGUACCUCAGAAGUUCUACUCCAUUUAUGGUAAAUCUUUUAAUUGCUGGGUAUGGUGACCAGGGUCCUGAGUUAUACCACAUGGAUUACCUGGCAGCUAUGGCAAAGGUCCCAUUUGGUGCACAUGGCUAUGGGUCUUUCUUUGCUCUCAGUGUAAUGGACAGAUUUUAUAAGCCAAAUAUAAAUCGUGAAGAAGCUAUGGAUCUCCUCAAGAAAGUAAUCAGUGAGGUUCAAAAAAGGUUUAUUGUCAGCCUACCAAAUUUCGCAGUUCGUGUUGUUGAUAAAGAUGGAAUCCAUGAUAUUUCUGUACCUGCUGUUCAAUGACGUCUUAUCUUGUUCAUCAGUAGCUGUUUAGUUCCGAUAUGAGCACACACUAGUGUAUAAAAACUGUAUAUGUAUGAACUUGUAUUAAAAUUGCAGUGGUAAAGUUA